CUCAGUUUUCGUGUAGAAACUACUUUUUACUUUUUCUAUUACACAAAAAGCACUUAUUUUAUCAAACAUUACCAACUUUUACUACUAAUCACUUUUUCCCAAAAAGUGCUUUUAUUUAAGCACAAUCACUUGCAAACAGAGCCUUAGUAAUUGACAUGUCUAGAGAACAAAAUCCCACAACCCAAACUCAACCCAAAACCCAAGUAUAAAAUACUUUCCCGAGCCCUAAUCUCAUCUAUGCUGAAUUGGCAUAGCCUUCUCAACCUUCUCAUCCCCAAUGAUCGGCGAGCAUCAUCACAUUCAUUGUUUGUCUCUCAGCCUUUUCGCCCUUACAAAUCACAUGUAAGCACUUUCGUCCUCUCUGAUCAUCAGUUACGACACUCGCACAAAUCAUAGCCGUGGUUAAUAUAUGUGGUACCAAUUAGUAAAUUACUUUGAAAUUGAUAUUUUUGAAAUAGAAGCUUUUUAAAAACAAAAUAGAAACUACAAGUAGAAACUAAACAUUGUUAUGUUUAUUAAAAUAAUCAAGAAUACCAUAUGUUGAUUAUUAAAACAAUUACAUUCACAGUAUUGGUCUAGAAAAAAUACCGUAAAAAAACCGUUGUUUUGUUUAACUGUGAAAAAAAUAUAACAUGUGUGAUUAAAAUAUAACCUCUUUAAAAUUUGAUUAAAGAUGUUUCUCAUAGGACUAAUUUUUUUAUAUGAUAUCAUUUGAUAUGGUAAAUAUCUAUUCUAUGUGAAUUUAUAAUUGACUAAGUCUGAUAAGGUCCAAUAUACUCUGAUCUGGUUUGAUCAAAUUCGAGAUUGACACUAAAAUCAGUCUACUAUAAUCCAUAAAGAACUACGUAGUAUUAGGCUAUCUCAUGAGACUUUUUUAUAUGGAGUAUACUUUUCAGCUAGAUUUAUAAUUAUCCUCAUUAUAGCUCCCGCAUUAUUAAUUUAAAAUGCAUAUUAUUUCAAACUGACUAUUUUAUUUUAAUAUAGCUAGAAGUAUAUAAAAUCUUAUAUACGCUUUAAAUUAUAAAAAAUGUUCUUGGUCCAUUUUUUUACAAUAUUAAAUUGUGAUAGUAAAUCAAUAUUCUCAAACCUUAUUUUUAUCCAACUCCAGGCGAAAAUCUAAAAUAGGCUCUUACACAUUCGUAAAAAGGAAAAAGAAACGCUCAUUUACCUCCAUCCUUUUACCCCCAAUUACUUUCCUUUUUCCAUGUGCACAAUAUACCCCUUGUUUGCCCAACACACUUCUUCCACAUUCACGAAGCAGACAAACCACCAUUGUCUCUCGAAGGCACGUUUCAAUCAAUUGCAUCCUUCACCAGUCAACUGCACCAUUCUAAUUAGUAUCUCUAUUCUGUCCUUUCCUUAAUCUGACUAAUUUCUAAUAAUCUUGAUCUUUUACAAACACGACUUAAUUUUUUUGUCGUACAGACAAAAAAAACUUAACUUACAUAAACACGUGUAAAAGUUUUUUUCGUUCUUCAAUACCCAUAGUAGAAAUAGAAUUACAAAACUCGGCUCGAGGGGUAGCAAGGGUGGGGGCCGCUGGCCAAAAAAAUAAAACCUUUUGGGCCCCUAAAUCAGCCUAAUUUAAAGUUUAUUAAGUCCAAUUGAACAAAAGCCCAAAAUUAACAAAAGUGUAGUACUUUGACUUCAGGAAGCCAAGUAGACAAAAUUGGAUCUAACUCAUCGACAUAUAGAGCCCGUUUGGACAACUCUGUUUUCGGCUUAUCAGGCUUAUCAGCCAGCUUUUUCACCAAACACGUAACUUUUACUUUCGCGCGCUGAAUUGUGUAAUAAGCCGAAAAAGUAAGGUUGGAGUUACUUUUCUGGCUGUAUUGGCUGAAGUUACUGUAGAGGACCAUUUUAGCUAUUUUUACAUAUAAUUUUUUCUUUAAUUUAUUAAUAAAAUAUAUUUUUAAAAUAUUUUUUUCUUAAAUCAGCAGAAUCAGCCAAAACAGCCGCUCCAGCCAGAAUAUCAUAAAUUUCAGCAGAAUCAGCCAAAACAGCCGAUUUUGGUGCUACCAAACGGGCUCAUAGUAUCUGUCUACUUGAACGGCCGAAGUGUCCAACGCCCGGCUAAGUUGCCGACUCACUUCACUGCGUCUCCCGCCGGCCAGCUCCAGGACGCAGCACGUUGUCUCCUUCUCGCCUCACGCCCGUCACCCGGUAGCCUGCACUCCGCCAUUUACCGGCCCUUCGGCGGUUCGGCCAAUCCGCCCUUCUCAAUAGUCACCUUCCGACCUUCCGUAGUCCCGAUCUGCCAAACGAUGGAGUUGCUUAAGAUAUGCAAAAUAAGCUACUUUCAAUGAGUAGAAGUGUGGUAGAGAGCGUGGGAGAAGGUGUGAGGGACUUGAAAGCCGGAGACAAGGUGGUGGCGGUGUUCAACGACGAAUGCGGCAGCUGUAAGUACUGUGAGUCCACCAAAACCAACCUCUGCGAGAAAUUCAGGGUGGAUCCUGGCCGAAGCGUGAUGGUCGGAGACGGGAAAUGCAGGUUCUCCACCAAAGACGGCAAACCAAUCUACCAUUUCCUCAACACCUCCACCUUUUCUCAAUACACUGUCAUCAAUUCUGCUUGCGUUGCCAAGAUUGACCCCAUCGCUCCCCUCAAAAACAUGACUUUGCUCAGCUGCGGUGUCUCUUCAGUUUCAGGUAGAACUUGAAGGUUGCUACCAUCGUCGUUGCUUCGGGAGGAUCCAAAAAGGAGGAGACGUGGUUCGUGUUUCCCCCAUUUCCAUUUUUUUAAACUAUUUAAUUAAUGCUCAUGGAUAUUACUUUUAAAUAUUUAUUUGGGGGGCUUGUAUGCCCAUGUUUGCCAAGGUGUGGCAUGAACACUUGUAUUGAAUGUUUCCGCUGCUUUAAAUGAAUAUUUUACAUUAUGCUUGUUUAUG